AUGCUUCCAAGAAACAGCGAAGAGAAGGCCGAGAUGAGCAGAGACCCCUUGGCUGGCGCUCCCACAGUUGCCAGGGACCCGCCUAAACGGUGGGAGAACACAGAUGCCAAAUGGCAUCAGGAAAAGAUGGAGUUACUGGACCAGUUUGACAAUGAAAGAAGAGAAUGGGAAAGUCAGUGGAAGGUCAUGCAGAAGAAGAUUGAAGAGCUUUGCCAGGAAGUAAAGCUUCGAAGACAAAUGAACAUGUGUGAACAUUCUAAGGUCAUUGAUCUUGAUCAUGAUCAAGAUAAAAUGGAAUUUCCUCCAAAGCCCUUCAAUUCAGGACAAUGUGAAUUGAGAGUGAGGAAUCACCGAGAUGUUCUGGGAAAGGAAAACAAGACAGAAAAGGACUUCCUCAGUGAAGAAACUCAAGUGUCUCGAAUGCAAAAUACAUGCACAGAGGCCAAAGUAGGGCUUCAGAAUCCUUUGGCCACAGAACAGAAGGCAUGUGAGGCCUGGGCUGGAAUGAGGACUUCUAAGGAGAGUAAAGACUGUUCUGUCGCCCUCAACACAGCUCUUGAAGAACUCGCAAAGGUUAGUGAAGAAUUAUGUACCUUUCAGGAGGAAAUCCGAAAGCGCUCUCACCACAGAAGGAUGAAAUCAGAUCCUGCUCUUCAGGAAAUGCCAAAUGCAAUCACUCUGCCUCAUGGGGACCACUUAAUCAGCAAUGGCCAGGGCGUUCUUCCAACCAGUUUGGAGAAAGAAAGGCAGAAAAGCAAUCUGAGCUGUGUCAAUGGACUCCAAAACAAUUCUAUGAAAAACUGUGGAGGUGGUACCAUUGAUUUACAAAGAAGUGGAACUCCUCCAAUUCCCCCACCAAGAAGUACCUCUCGAAAUUUCAACAGCUCAUAUUCUGCACAAGCCCAAGAGAGACUGAAGGAAAGUUUAUACCACAGGUGGGUGGCCCAUGAGAGUCAAGACAGAAGGAAUUGCAAUCCUCAUUUCCUUUUGAGGCAGUCCUCAUUGUUUCCACAAGAAAGCAAGAGUUUAAAAGAUAGUACCAUGUUUUCCUCUUUGACAUCAGAAGUCAAAGCAGAUAGCAAGCCUCCAGGUAAUGAAGACAUUGGACUUACUAUGUGGUCAUGCGACACUGUAAUAGGUACAAAGGAGAGCCCUUCUGUUCCAUCUCAAAAAACUGGUUUUACUCUGAACAGAGCAAAAGUGGAAAAGGUGAUUCCAGAUAACCCUAUUAAAUUGCAUCUUGAUCUUCAUGUGAAAAAUGACUUUCUUACCUCAGUGACACAGAGGGAUCCAGUCAUAAGUCACAACUGCAGUUUUGAACGGACUCCAAGGAAUGAAAAACUGGCAGCAAAGAUUGAUGAAUUUAACAGAACUGUAUUCAGAACAGACAGAAAUUGUCAAGCAAAACAGCGAAGUGAAAGCUACACAAAGUCAUCUGACAAUCUCAAUGCCUGUGAUACCUCUACUCACAGAGGUGACAUGCCAGAAAGCAACAGUGGGAACAGUGCUCUGAAAGACAGUGACCACAUGCCUAGGCCCCUGGAAAAUGUAUUCAGUGAUCCCACAAGAGUAUCCACAACAGGCCUGGUCAAACAAAUGCAGGCACGUAUGAGUCCCAGCAGCUAUCGGCAUAUGUUUCAUGAACAUGAUUGGAGACCAAGCAAUUUUUCUAGCCGACCAAGGUCAGCUGAUCCCAGAUCAAAUUACGGUGUUGUGGAAAAGCUGCUGAAAACCUAUGAGCCUGAGACAGGGUCUGCACUGCAAAACUCAAAAUGCUUCAGGGAUAACUGGACCAAAUGUGGUUCUGAUGAAUCCAUAGCACUGAAAGCCUCCAAUGGAAAAGGAUUUUCCCGACCUGCUAGACCAGCAAACCGCCGGCUCCCAUCCAGAUGGGCAUCUAGAUCGCCAUCCGCACCCCCAGCCUUAAGGAGGACUGCCCACAGCUAUAAAGUCUCUCUGCAAACAGAAGCCCAGAUGCUCUAGAUCUCUAGCCUGGAUUGCUGGAUUACAGAAGUUCUCAUCCCCUUUGCAAAACUGAAUAUUCAGAGUGUUUACAAACAAUCCUGUUCUCUUCUGUAUCUUCCAAGAUCACUGGGACAAGCAAUCUAAACCCUAGCUUUCCAUCAGUCUUCAGUGUUUUUAAUCUAUGAGAUAAUUAUCUCCUUGUACUUUAAUUUCUUAGGUUAGAUUUUUUUUAUCGCCAUCCUCAUUGACUUUCCAAUAUGAUUUAAGCUGACACAAUGUACAAUAUUGUAUAUUCUAACUUUCCUUGCAAAUGCAGAAAACAAGGUUCUGUGCAUGGCCAUGUGUUUGUAGGUGCAUGUGUUGUCAUAGCAAGUAUUCUGGUAUGUAUUUAGGUAAAAAUUUAUGUGCUAGUGUUGACUUUGAAAUUAUAACAUGUAGACCUAUA